AUGCGAAGCCUCUCACGGCGUCCUCUACACGAGCUGUCCCCCAACCGCAUCUGCCGCACCUGCAAUCUUCCCCGGCGCCACUUCUCAAGCUCUCUCCCAUCACCGCCUCGUCCGCCAGCCUCGGGCAUCGCGCCCCUCGCCUCGAGACAGCUGCUCUCCGUGACCGGCCCCGACGCCGCCAAGUUCCUGCAGGGCAUCAUCACCGCAAACGUCGUCUCGAGCAAGGGCGAGCCCCGGACGGAUCCCUUCUACACGGCGUUUCUCAACGCGACGGGGCGGGUGCUGCACGAUGUCUUCAUCUAUCCGGUCCGAGGCUGCGCGCCGGGCGGCUCGGCGCAGGCGGCGGGAGACGACGGCUUCUUGGUCGAGGUAGAUGCGGCGCAGAUCAACGCGCUGCUGAAGUACAUCAAGCGCUACAAGCUGCGAGCAAAAGUCGCCUUCCGAGCCAUCGACCCGGCCGAGAUGUCCGUGUGGCACGCAUGGAACGACACGCCCAACUCGACAACCCUCGACAUGCCCGCGGCCGACCCGUCAAGAAUCGUCUUCCGAGACCCUCGCGCCCCCGGGCUAGGCCACCGCAUCAUCCAGCUCGCGGGCCACAAGCCGCCCGAAGUCGACGUCGAGCGCGCCACGGAAGACGCCUACACGAUCCGCCGGUACCUCCACGGCGUGCCCGAGGGCCAGGACGAGAUCCUGCGCGAGCAGGCCCUGCCGCUCGAGAGCAACAUGGAGCACAUGAACGGCAUCGACUUCCACAAGGGCUGCUACGUCGGCCAGGAGCUCACCAUCCGCACCAAGCACCGCGGCGUUGUGCGCAAGCGCAUCCUGCCCUGCGCCAUCUACGACCGCGCCAAGGCGGCGCCCCCGAGCCUCGUCUACGACCCGGACCCGGACCCGGAGGCCGGGGGCAGCCCCGAGGCCCUGACCGCCGACAUGAUCCCCGCCGAGACCAGCAUCGGGCGGUCCGGCAAGCGCGGCCGCAGCGCCGGCAAGUGGCUCCGCGGCGUGGGCAACAUCGGGCUGGGGCUGUGCCGCCUCGAGAUCAUGACGGACGUGGUGCUGCCGGGGGAGCAGGCGGCCGCGACGUUUCGCGACGGCGACGAGUUUGAGCUGGAGUGGGGGGAGGAGGACAACAAGAGCGGCGUCAAGGUCAAGGCGUUUGUGCCCGAGUGGCUGAGGCGGAGCAUAGACGGACAGCAGCGAUGA